AUGAAAAUAAAGCAGGCGUCACGCGUCAAUAAGACUAGACAUAACCCAUUUGCAAUGCCACAGCAGCAGCAACAAGCAAGCCUCUCUUGUCCUGCUCCCAACUUUCUUGAAGACCCUGACAUGACCGAAGAACAAAAACAAAUUAUUAUGAAACGCAUUCACGAAGUAAGGUCAAAAUAUGAAGCAUUUGUGGAAAAAGAUUUAAGCCAAAAGAUACGAACUAUUAUGUUUGCUUCUGAUUUGACGGAAGAAAAGGCUCGUUUGGCAUUGUCUCUUUGUCAUGAUGAUGAACAUGAAGUUCUUAACAAGCUUGCUGGGAAGGGUGCGCGAGGUUUUCGUAAUUUGCUGCAGCCUGUUAGCUACAUACCUGAUGCAAACUAUGUCGAAGAAGAUUAUUCUCCUCCUUCAACACCCUCAGCAGAAGAGUUUGAUUCAUUAGAUGAAAUAGAAGUUCCAUUCACUUUGCCGUCAACACGAACCACCGUCAUCUCUCUCGGUUGCUAUCACAAGUCUCCAUCAUGGUGGUCAAGUCCGGGUUCAUUAUAUCAUCAUCCGAUUCCUCUUAAUUAUAAAGCAAAACGAACUGAAUCAAAUACUACUUAUAUCAUGUCCAUCGAAGAGGAUUUAGCAACUGGAAAUCCACUUUUCAGAGUUACAAGUCAGUCGACAAAACAAUCAUUUACUGGAAGUUCGCCUACCAAACCAUGGACAAUGGUAUGCAUUUCCCAUUCUUCAUCAAGAGCAACCCGUAUUUCUGGUCCUUUAUUCUUUGGUUUUUCUGAUCCAUUAUUGCAACAAUUACUUACAAAAAUGGUCAAAGAAAAUGAUGUUGAAGAAUAUUAUUACAGAUUUGUUGGUGAAGGAGAGACGUUUUGUUGUGAUAAAGAGUGGAAAGAUGAAGAAAGGCAAAUGCUUUUAUCAGAAAUUCGCCGAUUCUGUGAAAAUCUUGGCACGACAAUUUCGGAUAGUGAUAUUUCUUUUCCUUUUGGAUUAGUUGCGCGUAAUAUUCCCAAUCGAACAGGAUUUCAAUGUCAAUACGAAUAUAAUCGCCUAGUGACUAUCGGUCAAAUUAAUGAAAUAGAUGGUUGUCCCGUAACAACUUUACGAGUAAAUUAUGACAAACUCGUUAAAUCCAUGUCUUCUAAUGGUCAAAUCAAACGAGCAAGAAAAUUUUCUAGUCAAAAGGAAGAUGAUAAAUGGAAUACAAAGAACAAAUCUAAAUUUAAUCCUUGGAAUCCAUUGCCAAACAUGAAAGAUGCGAUUACUAUGGAAAAUAUGAAUGAACCAGCAAUCUCACCGGAUGGAAUUACAUCAGAGCAAUUAUUAAAAGAUGAAUUAGAUGCGCUGAAAAAGAAAAAAUCAUGGGAACUAGAAAUCAGUUAA